CGACACUGCACCUCGCCGCCGGUGCUGCCCUGACAAGAUUCCACCAAGCACAAAGGGCAAGCCUGAAUGUCGCUGCAGAUUGCUGUAGCUCAUACGGGCCAGCGUCUCGACGCUGAUCCGGUUGCCUUUACGUCGGUCGAUGCGCUCAAGUACUGGAUCUCGCGGACGACUGAGAUACCGCCUGAGCAGCAGGUCUUGCUCACGACUCAGGGGAAGCAUGUCAAACUGCAAGCGCUGUUGACCGAGAAGGAGAUAUUUGUCUUUAGUCGCGAGCUCUCCAACAACCCGCAGGCUGCCAUAUCCCCCACGCCACUACCCGACUCGUUCGUUCCCCAAGAUGCGCCCAACCACCUCGCAAGCAACACAGACCUGAGGGCAUGGCAGGCGCUCUUCCAAGCCCGCCGUGACUGGGCCUUUGCCCUCCUCGACAAGUCACACUCCAUGUUGCGCAUAGCCUCGAAGCAUUUGGCCGAGCAAGCCACCAUCGAGAAGGGUACACAGGUCGCGGUCGGGAACCACGAUGCGCAUAUCAAGGGGCUGGAGCAAAAGUACAGGGCGGCCAAGGCGUGGUAUGAUGGUGUGGAGAAGGAGGCCGGCGACAACCUGCAGAGGUUGGACGGGGAUUUCGCACAGCUAGCGACAGUUUCGGCCAUCCUCAACUUCAAGCGCUUCCUAGCCAAGGAGAUGCGAUCUGCAAAAAAUAUACCCAGCAAUGUGAUUGUGCGUGAGACGCUCCAAGACUUCCUCGAUGCCGACACGGUCAAGAUGGCCACGGCAACGAGCCAGCGCGUACGCGAGUCUUUCGGGAAACGCAUGGACAAGAUGAACAUGCAGCUCGACAAGAUCGGCGCAGACUACAACGAAUUGCUGAAAGCCGUUGGCCAGAGCCAGAGUCGGUCCGUCGUCGACGAUACCGAAGAGCCGGUUCGCUUAUACAACGAGAUCGAUGCCGUAGCAAAGAAGGUCGAGUCAGACUUUGAGCACGUCAUGGGGCUCGAGGCAAGCUCCAAGUCUGUUGCGCAAGUCUCCAAGAUGGCUUUGUUGCACACCCGAAACUUCCUGCCAGCCAUACACGAGUACAGUGUAGAAAUGAGCGACCUCGUGCGGCGAGCUGUUGAGCAAAAGAAUGCAGCCAUCAGAAACUCGGUCGAAAGCAUGCAGGCCAUUGCCACGAUUGAGUCCAUCAUCGCAAGCAUGAGCGCCGACCUGGAGCAAAUCAGCAUACCCCAAGAGGGCGUGGCAGCCUUUGAGCUUAUUUCUCUCGUCGGCCGCCUGCCCUAUGUAUACGGUACGCUCCUUGUGGAGGCUGUCCGGAGACGCGAGUGGAUGGAGAGAAUGCAAAGAGAUACAUCCUCGCUCGCCGAGGAGAUGGCAACCUUCCAAGAAGAAGAAGAGCGACGGCGUAAGAGGUGGUUAAAGCCGAUUGCCGAUGUCGUUAACCUGGAGGCUGUGCAAGGAGGCACGCUAGGAUUCGAAAUGAACGUACAGCCGGAGAAGACGGUUUGGCCCACAGUCACCCGGGACGAGCUUCGAAGCUACCUCAAAGACCUGCAGAGACUGGACGGCCAACAAUCUGAAGCCGAGGCAUUUGCACAGGCCAUCAAAGAUCUGGACCGCCCUACCAAGCAGCAGAUUAAGCGCGCAAAGAACUUCAAGAUGGGCAGUGUUCAUGAGCCGGCUUUUGGCAGAGGUUCACAACUCAUGGUGAGAGGCGAUGACGAGCUGCGUGUGUUGAAGGAAGGCAAUGCAAAACUCGAGGACGAACUAAGAGGAUACAAGAGCCGUGUCCGCCGUCUUGAAGACCUUGUACAUCGCCAAAACACUGUCAGUAGACUCUCCAUAGGUGGCGCGCCCCCGUCAUUUAGCAUCCCUGAUCCGGGUGAACCCUCAACACCGACAGCACGCGUCGCCUCACCACGACCUCAAGAAGAAAACUCUAGACGCUCGUCAAUUUCUUCGAGACGUCUCUCUGCAAAUACAGGGCAAGAAGACAAGCGUCGUAUUCUCCGCCUUGAACAGGAGCUUGCAGCAGAGAAGGAUGCUCGUGCAAAGCUCGAGGCUGAAGCCCAGUCACGGAGGGACGAGGAUGCUGACCAACAGCGCCGAUUUGAAGAGGCAAUGUCUACCAAAAACAACAUUAUGGAGAACAUGCGAGCGCAACAGAGAGAAUUCAUCGAAGAGCGAAGAUCGCUAGAGGACGAGAUUCGAGCCUACAGGGCUAGGAUUGAGGAGGCUGAAGACGAGUUGGAUCGCGUUCUGGGGAGCCGCGAUAACGAGCGCACCGGCAUCGAUGCCAGAGUACAGGAUCUCGUUGCCGAGCUUGAGCAAACGCGCAAAGAAGCCAUCGAACAAAAGACUCGCACAAACGAGCAGGUCGAGGCACUCCAAGCCAGAAUCAUUGAACUACAGGCUAUCAAGACACAAGAACUUGGCUCACUGACGGCGGCCUUCAACCAUCUCUCGCCUGGUACAGACGUACCUGAUGACCACUCCACGCUUAUUGCCCAGCUUGAGGAUCUGGCUGUGCGGUCACUGAACCACCAGAAAGAGCUCGAACAGGCUGUGGCAAUGGCCAAGUCAGACAACGAGAAUGCUCAUGCUAGGAUUGAAGAGCAAGAGAACAAAUUCAACACCAAGCUGGCCGAGCACGAGAAGGGAAUGGCAUCUGCCCAAGAAGAACUCGAUGCAGAAAAGGCAAAGGUGGUUGCAAUCACUAAAGAGCUCGAGGAAGAAAGGGGUCAUUUGCAUGACCUGCGUUCCAAGUUUGCCGAGGGCGAGACGGGCUCUGAAGCUCUGCGCAAGCGAGUGGAAGAGGAAGAGGCCAAGGUCGGUCGUCUCCAGACAGAGCUGGCUGAGAAGAGCUCCCACGCCAACAGUCUGGAUGUCGAACUUAUGCGUGCCGAGAAGAAGUUGCGCAAGCUGGAAGAGAUGGAUUCAUCGCGCACUCACCAGCGUAUAAACCGUGCAAAAGAGCUAAGUCAGCGUCUGUACACACAACACGAGCGCCUCAUCCGCCUGCUCGAAGCAUUGGGAUUCGUCAUCACACAUGACAAGGGCGAGAUGGUACUCCAGAGAGCGUCCAAGCUUGGCAACAGCACUGUCAUGACCGACACCAGCGCAGGAAUCAGUCGAAGCGUAUCAACGCCCUCGCCCACUCCUCUCAAGCGCUUCCUGGAAGACAUUGGCGAUUUGCAUUUCCUUCAAUGGACAGAAGCGACCAGCCCCGAGGAAGAAGACCAGCGCUACCAGGAGCUGAUAUCCAAACUUGAUCUCUUUAAUAUUGAGACGUUUAGCGACGCCGUGGCGAAGCGCAUGCGGGACAUGGAGCAUACGGCACGAAAGUGGCAGAAGGAAGCCCGAGCGUACCGCGACAAGGCACAUCGAUUCCAGGCCGACUCGCACGACAAGAUUGCAUACCGCUCCUUCAAAGAAGGCGACCUCGCGCUGUUCCUACCAACUCGCAAUAAUGCCCAUCGCCCUUGGGCUGCCUUCAAUGUCGGAGCACCACACUACUUCCUUCGUGAACAAGAUACGCAUCGAUUGGGAGGAAAAGAAUGGCUUGUUGCGCGUAUAUCCAAAGUAGAGGAGCGCGUUGUCGACCUCUCCAAAACCCUGGAUGGUGCGCCUCGGGCAUCGUUGGACGAUCGCUCCGUCGCUUCGAGCAACGCAGUGUCGUUUGAAGACGACAACCCCUUUGAGUUAUCAGACGGAUUACGCUGGUACUUGCUAGAAGCCACGGAAGAAAAGCCCAUGGCACCAGGAACACCAGGCAUCAAAGGUGCAGUCACCGUUAAGAGCAGUCUCGAAACCGGCCAAGGUGAAAUGCAAAAGUCGAAGAAGAAGUCGGCAAUGGACCCAGCCACCCAACUAGGCAAAUCGCUCGACAGCAGGCGCAGCAGUGGCAACAGUAAGAAGAGUGCCCCACUAGUCGCCAGGAACAAUUCAACAGAAGCACUCUCCCCCGGUGAGCGUGCAGACUCCAACCCCAACUCUGCAGCAGCAACACGGGGAGCAAGCCCAGCCGGUGGACAUGGCCCCAGCCAUUUGAGAGAGACGGAGACGAAUGGAGCAGAAGUGAACAAUGCAGCAGACGAUGGACAUGGAACCAAUGUGCGCGACCUACUCUGGGGACCUUAG